AUGUUUGAAACUGGUGCUUACGGAAUGGUGGAUCUUAGACUUCCAACCAAACAACAACCUUCUAGUCCUCUAACAAAAACAAUGCGGUCUCCUUCAAAAUACAAAAGUCUUUCAUUCAGUUUGGAUAUGGAGGAAAGGGAUAACUAUGACAGUUCUCUAUUUUCUCAGGAAUUAUCAUCUUUUACCCUCUCUCAUAAUCAAAUUGUUGAAUCGUGCUGGGAUUACCUUCACCAAACUCCUUCCAGUGGAGCUCCAAUGUCUAGCGAGCAAGCCAAGGCUCUCUUUAGUUCUUUAAGCAAAAAGAGAGAAGCAAAAGAGAGUGAUGUUUACGAUGACAUUCAGAGUAUUAUCUCGUCAAUGAAAUGUGAGGAAGAAAGGCAAGAAAUUGACAUUGAAAAUGCAAAGAAAAAGGAUAUUUCAAAGAGGAAACCAAAAAAAACAUCAAGUUUCAAAAAGCGUGACGAAAAAAUAGCUCAAGCAAAGGGAAGAAAGGAACAAAUCACAAAAGAGUUCCAGGAACGAAAGGAAAAUUUGGCUUUGAAAGAUGAAAAAAGAAGACAACUUGCCGAAUACUUUAGAAUGGAAACUGAGAAUAAGGCUAAGGAUGCAGAAAUGUAUUCUAAAUGGUCAUUUUUGGUUUCUCUAUUAUCAAGAUUUUUAGUGUUUGCAAGAGAACUCUUGAGAAGAAGAUAUCUCAGAAAAGAAGAGGAAAAGUUUAAGCGAGUUAAGAGGAUUGCCUACACCAAAUUAUUACCAGUCAUUUGGGCCAAGAGAAGCGAAAAGUGGAGACAAGCUUGGGAUGUUUUCAAAAAAUUGUGGAUUGGUGUCAAGAAGAAGAAGGAGUCAACUAUGAUUAUUAAAUCAUUCUUAAGAGAAACAAAUAUGUCCUUUCAAAUUGUCAGACAGGUUCACUUGUUUUGGAGUAAAGUGAUUAAGGUGCAAAGAUUUUUGAGAAAGUGGCACCAAAUCAAACAAGCUCAAAUCAUGGUUCAAGUUCUCCAGUAUUCAAUAGUCGAAGCUAAAAUGUUAAGAGGUAUACCAUUAAAGGGUGAAUCCAUAGCUGAAAACCCAAAAAAGAAAAAAGUGUUUGGACGAAGAUUUUCUGGUCAGUUAACUUCAGCAUUACUGAGGGAAGAAAGUAAAUCUAACUCAACAACACCAAUACCUACCGAUGACCAAACAGAUGAAAAGGAGGAUAAAUUCAGAUUCAAACUUCUCAGACUUACAUUGGAUAAAAAGAAGGAAAUUAUUUACUCUGAUCUAAAGCAGAGAAGAAACGAUUAUAUUACUGCCCAAAAGAUUUACAAGAACAAACUUCAACAAUAUGACAGAAGAGUCCAACAGUUAAUGUACAUUCUACAAGCCAAGAGUGCUCUCAGCGGUGGAGAUAUGACAAUAGAUCCUUCAUCAAUUAGAGACGAAAACGGUGAAAUAAUUGAAAAACCAAAACCUCCAUAUCUCAAAGUAAUUUUGAGUGAAAUUGAAAUGAAAAGAUUGGUCAAUAUUGGGCAAAAAGAGCUCAAAGAAAAAGAAGACAAAAAGAGGCAGAAAAUUCUGGCCAAUUAUGUGGAAUUCAGUGAAAAACAAAACGAGUUGGAUAAAAAGAGAGAAAAAUGGGAAAACAAAGUUGCAAGUGGAUUUGAAGAGAUGAAACAAGUUCUCGGGUCAUUUCUUGGAUUUGAGCAAUUAUUAUUGUCUCCAUUCGAAUCUGAAAAGAAGCCAACUUCAGUUACCCCAGUUGAUCCGAAUGGUAGUCUCAAUUCUCUUAAGGGUGGUAUUUCUCGCUCCUAUAACAGCAGUCCUAUUGUUUCAAAACCUCCUCAACCACCAAAGAAGAAGCCAACCCUUUCAAAGAUUGGCGUUCAAAGUUCCACCACUUUAACAAAACGAUUUUAA